AUGCCAUCACGCUACCAUGGGAUAUUUAUCCUGUGUAUCGCCACGGUAACCGGAGCAUCAUCGUUAACGCCGGUGGGGAGAUGGUGCUCUGUCUGGCUAAGCGCGCUAAGUAGCGUCAGCGUGCUGCUCACCUUGCCGGAGAUCACGCACCAAUGGUCGCUCUUAGGACUGAAUCUCUGGUCGAAUCAUGCGGCGGAUAAGCCGGCGUCUAACGAACUCCUCGAACGUGACGCGACUCGAUUUUCCAGGGUGCUGAACUUCUUUCCCGUUCCGGUCGAGGAAGAGUGCCUGUCCGAAGACAAACGACGUCAGGGAAUAUGCAUGAACACAUAUGAGUGCCGCAUCCAGCACGGGCAAUCUCACGGACCGUGCGCGCUCGGUUUCGGCGUGUGCUGCAUAUUCACGGCAAGCUGCGACAAUGAGGUACAGAAUAAUCUGACCUACGUGACCAGUCCUGGUUUUCCCAACCUCAUCGACCGGCCUAUGAACUGCUCGGUGGUUGUACGGAAGAUCGAUACGGAGGUCAGCCAGUUGAGGAUCGACUUCGUCCAUUUCAACAUUGGUCAGCCAAACGCCAUCACCGGCGUGUGCGACGGAGAUGUUAUGGUAAUUAACAACAACAGGACAUCCUUCGAACUAUGUGGGUGGAACAGCGGGCAACACGUGUACGUGGACGUGGGCGAAGGCAACGAACCAGUCACUUUAAACUUCCGGCUGCCAAGCGGACUGCAGUCACGAAUGUGGGAGAUGCGGGUAGUGCAGCUGGCUUUCGAGCAACGUGCGCCGGUCGGAUGUCUCCAAUACUUUCGUUCGCCAAACGGCACGCUGAGGACAUUCAAUUACCUACCGAACGGCCGAUACCUCGCCGAGCACGAUUACCUAUUAUGCGUACGUCAGGAGCGGGACAUGUGCGGUAUCGCCUAUCAGCCGUGCACGCGAGACUCUUUUCGGAUAGGUCCUAAUAGGCCUCAGGACACGUCCAACACGACCGGCGGCGCCGCGGCCUCCGCAAUAAUGAUCGCCGCCAACGGCGGAAACGCCUCCGCUGUCAAUCUAAACGUCGCUUCUGCAAACGCUUCCGGCACGGACGUCCUCGAGGGAUCGGGCGCGGGAUCACCCGAGCAGGAAAUGGUUUUUGCUUCUAACACGAAUUCGGUGCCGUUCCUCGGGAGACUGUGCAGGGACCGGAUACUUAUUCCUUGCGACUUUGAGGAGUUUAUUACACCGGGGAACAACAUGGCAGGUAUCUGCAACUUGGAACGUUGCGGCAGCUCGCUGUGCGGCCAAAACGAACUCGACGCGGAGGGUAACUGCCGGGUCGAGACCUGGACUACCCCCUUUCGCGUCAGGGUGGCGUUCGGCCCGGGCGCCAACAUGGACGGCACAUUGGAAGACAAUGCCGGCGUGUGUCUCACGUACCAGCAGUUAGCUUGUGUAGCCUGA